AUGUCAAGUAUUCAAAAUAACAAACCUAUUAUUCUCUGGUGUCAUCCACGUACUGUUUCGUCAGCAUUCGAACGUGCAUUCCUUCAACGUUCUGAUGAAUUCAUUUGUUUUCAUGAACCAUUCGUUAAUGCUUAUUAUUACGGUCUUGGAAAAAAUGUCGUAAAAUCUGGUGUUGACUUGAAUACUCGUAAAGAAGCAUAUUCAACACUUAUACACGAUAUUAUUAAAAAGAAUCGCAAUGAGUCCAAGAGAGUAUUUGUCAAGGAUAUGGCGAUGUACACCAAAGGUCAUUAUGGGCCUGAUGGUGAUGGAAUUUUUUCAAAAGAGACAAUCUUAAACAUGAUACAUACAUUUCUUAUUCGAAAGCCAGAGAAAUCUGUAAAAUCAUAUUAUCGAGUUAUAGUCUCUUUAAGAGAAGAUAAUAUUGAUAAUAUAGAUUCGCCUUGGCAUGGAAUCGAGUUCGAUCCAGCUUAUCUUGGAAUAAAGGAACUUCGAGAGCUCUUUGAUUAUGUUAAGGAUGAACUUGGACAACCACCUAUUUUACUUGAUGCUGACGAUCUCUUGCAAGAUCCUCAUGGAACCAUGUCUAAAUACUGCGAACUGCUAGGAAUAUCAUUCAAAGACUCGAUGUUGACUUGGAAUAAAGGCAAAAUUCCGGCGUGGGAAAGCACGAAUGGGUGGCAUGUCGCCGCUGAACAAAGCACCGGAUUUAAUGAAUUCUUUGACAAAAACAAUACCAAAGAAAUCGAAUAUCCUUCGAUUGUUCAUGAAAGCAUACAACAAAAUCAAGCGGAUUAUGAAUAUUUAUACCAUUAUGAACCAACUCAAGCCGACGUAUCCGUGUUCAAAGCACUCAACGGCAAAGUACCUGACGCUCAUAAAUAUCCACACGCAGCACGCUGGUACCAACACAUCAACUCCUAUUCGCACGAAUUCGACUCUCUACCCGGUGACUCGAGCAAAGACGCUUCACACUACGGUCCGGAAGUUGUUCAAGCGCUUGCUGAAACGAAUCAAGGAAUUGAUCAA